AUGAGGUUGGUUGACUUAAAAUCCCUAAUCAAGACAGAUCUUAAGCUAGACAUUAGUUUGACCAAGGUUUCAAGGGUUGUUUCUCAAGCUCAUAUAUUACAGGAAGGUGAGAUUAAGGCAGAAUUUGCUUUGCUAUGGGACUAUCUUGGGGAGAUUAUUAGGCCUAAUCCUGGAAGCACAACAUUAAUGAAGGUUGAAAGACCUUUGCCAGAGUCUCCAUCAGUUUUCAAAAGGCUCUUUAUUUCUUUUGACUGCUUGAAGAAAGGAAUGCUGCAUGGGUGUAGAAGAGUGAUUGGGCUGGACAUUUUCUUUUUGAAAGGCCCUGUCAAAGGAGAAAUUUUAGCUGCUGUUGGGAGGGAUGGAAACAAUCAAAUGUUUCCUGUGGCUUGGGCUUUAGUAGACACAGAAAGGAGGGAGACAUGGGAUUGGUUUAUCAGUUUCUUACUGAUGGUCUUGAAUUGGGUACUGGGGCAGGAUGGUGCAUUAUCACAGACUAACAAAAGACACCUAUAUGCUAAUUGGAAGAAGAAAAAUGAAAGGAGAGAGGAUCUGCAGAAAUUGUGGUGGAGGUGUGCAAAAUCCUCUAAUAUGCCAGAUUUUGACAAAAACAUGGAGGCAAUGAGAGCUCUUACACAGAAGGGAGCAUACUUUACAACUGAGGUAAAGUGUGGCAUUGUAGACAAUAACUUGAUAGAAGCAUUCAAUGGGAAAAUCAUAGAAGCUAGGACAAAAAAUGUUAUUUCUAUGUUAGAGUACAUAAGGUCUUUGAUUAUGAAUACGCUGGAUACUAAUAGAGACUUGGCAUCUAAUUGGAUAGGAAAUUUUGGGAAUAGAAUUAGGAAGAAGCUACAUGACAGCAAAGUUCAAAGUGAGGCAUGUGAGAUAUUGUGGAAUGGAAAGGAUGGGUUUGAAAUAGGCCACCUAGGAGACACAUAUAUUGUUAAUUUGAAAACUAGGACAUGUGCUUGUAGGCAGUUUGACUUGACAUGGAUACCUUGCCCUGAUGCAGUAUGUGCCAUAGAGUACUUGGAUAAAUCCAACAUCACACCUUACAACUAUAUUGAUCAGUGGUUUACAAAGGAAACUUAUUUGAAGGCUUAUAUGUAUAUGAUGCAACCCAUGAAUGGUAGGAAGUUUUGGAACAAGAGUCCAUAUGACCCACCUCAGCCCCCUUCAUACAAAAAAAAAUGCCUGGUAGACCUGCCAAAAAUAGAAGAAAAGAAGAGGGUGAGAGAUCCAGUGGGUUUAAAUUGUCUAGAAAGGGUAGGGUGA